AUGUCCGAUAAUUAUCUUCUACCCUUUGAUUCGUUAUUACCAGUUGAGAUUUUAUACCAAAUAAUACAAUAUGUGGGUAUUGAAAAUUUGAUACAAUUAUUGCCAAUACCAGUGUCGCCUUAUCUUCAAUCUUCCUUUAUUCAUCACAACCUCAAUAUAAAGCGAGCUAUUGAUAACUUGAUAGUCGACAGUAACAUAACUUUCAACAAUCGAUUAGUACAGCAUUCAUUGAUUCAUAUAUAUCUAAGAACACGAUCGUAUUUACAGAAAAACAAUCUUCGGUUCUUGCCAUCAAAACAAUCAACUUUACAACUACUUUCAUAUUGCCAAUCACAAAAUAUACCGAUCACAAUAACCAUAAGUUAUUAUUUAUCAACAUUAUCUGACUUAUGGGACUUUAUAGAGUUAUUGAAAAAUCAACAGCAAACUUCAAGUCUGAUCCGAUAUAAUUUGGAAUUAGAAAUUAUUCCUGGAUUUCUAUAUAAUUUUAGCUUGAAUUAUGUUUUCGAUCAAAUUUCCGAUUCAAUCGGUCCAUUAGUCGAAACAAUUAUGGUUUACAAUUAUAGUGGAUCAUUUAUUUUCAAAAAUGAAAAUUUCCCAUAUCUUAAAAAUUUAUGGUUUGAAGAUAGUAAUAUUAAAUUCAAUUCUAAUUUACCAUCAACAAUAAAAUUAUUACAUUUAUACCCUAAUAGAUUUGGAUGGAAUAAUAAUGAACCAAUUAUCAUAAAACAUCAAUUACCAUAUCAACUUGAGGAGUUGAAUGUUGGCAAUUGUACAAUUAAGAAUCAAGCCACGAUUACCCAUCUUGACAAUUUAUCAUCGAUAACACUUUAUAUGGUGAAAGAUUCAAGUGCCAAUGGUGGUGGCCAAUUUAUAAAACAGCUUGUGACUAAUAAUUUGGUUAAUGACAAAUUAAACUGUUUAAAAGUUGAUUUUAUAUGGGAUUCACAAAGAAAUUUACUUGAUUUUCAACAGUUACUACUACCUAGCAAUGACAACGAAAAUGACAGAGAAUUUAUUGGUGAAAAAUUAAUGAAGAAUUUGCAAACUUUAUCAAUUACUAACUAUAUACCUUUUGAUGUCUCUAAUUGGAAGAAUUUAACCAGGUUAAAGAUUCUGAGAAUUAAUAAUCCGCAAAUUUUUGAAACUUGUGGUAGAUUUCCAGAUAGUUUACAAAGUUUAAAGUUGACUAAUAAUAAUAUCAAGGAUUUAGCAGUAAUUGAUAAAUUGAUUGGACCUAAUAAUAAUAGGUUGAAAUACUUAAGUUUUUCCGAUAAUCCUAUUGAUUGGAACUUAUAUGUACCAAAUUUCACUCGAUUUACAAAAUUGAAAUAUCUUAAGUUAUUCAAUACUCAAAUUGGUAAGCAUUUCCAUAAAAUAAAUUAUCCGGAUUCUGUCGAAGUAUUAUCUUUAGAAGUCAAUCAAAUAUCGAGUAUUCAAGGAAUCAAAUUUCCAGCACAUUUAAAAAAUUUAGGAAUUGGAUCAAAUUGGAUUAAAAAAAUUUAUCGACCCAAUCUACCACAUACCAUUGAAACGAUUCAUUUGACUGAAAAUAAACUUAGUCAAGUUGAUUUGAGUUGUAACAAUCAAGGACAAGAAUUAUUAAUUGAAAUUUUAUAUUUAAAUUUUAAUCCAUUGUCAAACUUCAAACAAGUCAAACUACCUAAUCAUUUAAAAAUUUUGAAUAUGGAUAAUUGUAAAUUUAAAAGCAUAUCAAAUAUAAAAUUUUGUUCAUCCUUAGUUGAAUUGAGUUUUAAUGGUUGUGAAUUAUCUCAAUUUGAAAAUGUAUCAUGGACUGAAGAGGAAGAAGAGGAAGAAGAUAAUGACAAUAGCCAUUCAUCAUCACCGAAUCUAAAGUAUUUAAAUCUAUCACAAAAUGACUUGACUCAUUUAAAUGUACAGUUCCCAUCAACCCUUCAAGUAUUGAAUUUAUCAAUGAAUAAAUUGACCAGCUUAAACAAUACCUUAACAUCAACACUUCAAAAUUUAGAUCAAUUACAAGUGUUGAACUUAUCCAGUAAUCAAUUUCAAAAAUUUCAAAUACAUUUCAAUUCCAUCAAUUUAAAAGUAUUAGAUUUAUCAUUUAAUUCACUCAAGUCAAUUAAUUUAACUUUCCCGAGAAGUACAAUUACCAACCUUCAAACGUUGAAUUUAUGUCUGAACAAAUUAACAUUUCUAAAUGAUGUUAUGAUUGGUCAUAAUAAGAAUUUGACUCGACAUGAAAAUCUUAUUGAAAUUGAUUUGACUAAUAAUAAAAUCAAAUCAGUAAGUGAAAUCAACGAUAAUGGGGGGAUUAGUCAUUUCCCUCAGUCUUUAAAAUGUUUUUUCAUUGGGCAUACUGGUCAACAAGAUAGAUUUGGUUAUGAUAUGGCAAAAAAUAUUGUAAUUGACAAGGAUGGUAACGAUGGGUUAUGUAAAACCAAAAGAAUAGAUAUUCCAUAA